AUGGAUGUGGACGUUUUUGAGGAUGCACUUUUCACUGUCUUUGAACAUCACCAGCCGGCACGUGGUGAUCCAGGAACCACUGGCACGUACACGAACGAGGCCAUCCCCCCAGACGCACACGGUAGACGAUCGAUUACCUACCGAAUCCCAGAAGUGAGCAAUGAGAACACGCGUCUUUUUGCGCACCAUCAAUGGGAUGCAGGCGUCCACGUCACGGAUCUCAUAGCGUCCUAUGCACCUGUUGACGUGCGCGGAAAACGUGUUAUUGAACUAGGCGCCGGCACAGGACUCCCUUCUCUUGCAUGUGCCGUGCUUGGUGCGCAACACUGCGUCGUGACAGACUAUCCAGACCCAUACAUCCUCGCAAGUCUAGAGGCCAAUGUCGAAGCGCUUCGCGAGCGCUAUAGCACAUCGAUCCAAGUGGCAGGUCUGGCCUGGGGCGACGAGGCACAGGAAACGUACGUUUAG